AUGCAGAAUGAUGUAAUGGUUCAAGGUAUGAAGAGAAUUGCAAGUGAAGAAUAUCUAUUACAAGCUUUUCAUCCAUCAAAAAUUGAUUUUUCGUCAACACCUGAAGUUAAUAAUAAUGAUGGAUAUCGAGUGCAACAAAGACAACGAAAAAAGUUCAAUGCCACAACAACGACUUCUAAUGAGAAAAUGAACAAAGUGCAGCCAGCUACCACGGUGCAUUCGUACUUUCAUAAUAGUAACUCAUUACAAAAUCCACAAAAGUUGUACAGAUCGUUCUGUCAUUCAUCGCACAAUCAACAUCCAACGGAUCAAUCAUUUUCGUACAAACCAUCAGCACAUCAUAGUCAACAAAAUAAAACAAAAAAUGCUUUUAAUUCGAAAUUAAAUUUAUCAUUUGCACGUUACUCAAGUUUUACCCUAACAUCGAAUGUUCUAUUAAUAUUCGCUAAUGACACAUAUACAUUCGAAGAACUACAUAGUAAUGAAAAAUGGCCGAAAAUGUUAUGUGAAAAGAACUUCGAAAUUGAAGUGCCAAAACGGGUACCAACAUUUUAUUCGAUCAUAAUUCAUGAUGUAGCCAAACAAUGGAAUAUUGAUGAAAUUCAACAAAGUAUUGAUGAAAGUUAUCAUUCCGUCGUGUAUGUUCAACGAAUAUUCGAUAAAACAUGUGCAAUUCAAACCUCGCAACAAGUCGUAUUAGAUAAACUCACUCAAUUAGAAAUGAGAUAUGAAAUUACUACAAAUCGAUGUUCCGCUAUUGAACAACAAUCAGAAACAAAUGUAUUACCACAAAUGACAGUUUUGACGGGAUUAAUAUCAUCGAUUUGCCAGAAAUUGAAACAAGCAAAUAUUAAUGUCGACGACGAGCAGUUGGCAUUAGAACAACUUCGCCAGUUGGAUUAUCUCUAUCAACACCAACAUCAGGAUCAACAGAAUCCUAUUCAACAAGUAAUAGAUGCGAAUAUUGCUAAAGAAAAAAUGGAUUUAGGCGACUAA